CGUAGGCCACGUACCACCCCAUGUGCCAAGCGGGGGCGAUAUGGCGAGAUGGCGAUGGCUGGGCAGCUGCGACGCGACAUCCCCCUCUCCUCACCCGUAUGAUUGCGUGUCGUGGACUAGAUAUAUAAAGGAGUGACCCCAUUUGUAACACCUCCCCUCCCCCCACUCGUACAGCACACACAGCCACCCAAAUCGUCACCUCAUCCAUCGCCAUCGCACGUCAUACCUAGACCACAGCCUCUCCUUAUCCUAUCUCUUGACACCUCGGAUCGUAUAAACUCGGGUCACACCCAGUCGGAUUAUCGAGAGACCUCAUAGUUUGGCCAUCUAGGCUAAUCCGACGUAUUCGUGCACCCCGACCUAUUCCAUACACCCCUACACCUCAUUUCUCACGCCGAGCAACCUGAUAACAACUCACACUCCACAUAACCUCAUUCGACUGCGUGAACCCCACUCACCAUGUUCACAUCACUCCUCUCCAUCCCCCUCCUCGCAUCACUCUUAUCCAUCACCACUCAAUCUCACCUGGUCUCCGCCGCACCCACCUCGAACUCGCAUUGGAACCAGACUCUCGAAGCUCGACAGGGCGUGAAUACCGGGUUCCCGUAUGGGAGCGAGAAGGUCAGGGGGGUUAAUUUGGGGGGGUGGUUGUUACUCGAACCGUUCAUAACCCCCUCCAUAUUCGACCCUCUCGACGGGAGCAUCGUCGAUGAAUACACAUUCGGGCAAAACCAAGAUCGAGGUGCAGCGGAGGGCAGGUUGAGGCAACAUUGGGAUAGCUGGAUUACGAGGGAUGAUUUUUAUCAGAUCAGGGCUGCUGGGUUGAACCACGUCCGUCUGCCCAUCGGCUACUGGGCCUUCGUCUCCGCCGACGAAGCCUACCCCUACAUAACCGGUUCAAAGGAAUACCUCUACCGAGCAAUCUCUUGGGCCCGAGAGACCGGUUUGAAGGUGAUCAUCGACCUACACGGUGCGCCGGGGAGUCAGAACGGGUUUGAUAAUUCUGGACAGAGGGGGAGUGCGAAUUGGGGGUAUAACCAGGGAGAUGUACAGAGGACCAAGGAGAUUGUGGAGGGGAUCUCGAGGGAGUUUAGUGAUCCGCAGUAUUAUGGGGUGGUCACCGCUUUGGCGAUCCUGAACGAACCCGCCGGCUUCACCUCGUCCUCCUACCUGGCUACCACCCGUCAAUUCACCAUCGAUGCCUUUUAUGCCGCUCGGUACCCCUGGGCGAGUCAGGGGAACAAUGCCAAGAGCGGAUUGUUGAUUAUCUAUUCGGACGCUUUCCAGCCUAGCAACUACUGGAACGGCGUUUUCAACUACCCUGACGCCACCGACGUCGCCCUCGAUAACCACGUCUACCAGGUCUUCUCCCCCGCCGAGAACCAACGAUCUUGGGGAGAACACCUCACCUCGGCCUGCAACUCGGGCGGCAACCUUCGAGCUUCGCCCAACUGGCCCAUCGUCGGCGAAUGGAGCUUGGCGGUGUACGACUGUGCGAGGUGGUUGAACGGACGUGGGAUCGGGGCGAGGUAUGAUGGGAGUUACCCGGGGAGUUAUUAUAUCGGGAGCUGUGGAGAGUGGAACACUGGGAGCGGUCAAGGGUUCUCCAACGAAUACAAGACCUUCCUCAGGGACUACUUUGACACCCAAACCCAGACUUGGGAGAAUAACGGUCAAGGUUGGAUCUACUGGUCCUGGAAGAUGGAGAACGCCGCCGAGUGGUCCUACCAGGCCGGAUUGAACGGAGGUUGGAUCCCUUACAACCCGACGGAGCACAACGGGUACAAGUGUUCCUAAGCGUUGCACCAGCUAUCCUUUCUCCGCCUCCAGUGGAUAGAUGCCAGUUGAAAGCAUUAUUCUCAGCAUCAGAAUCGGUAACCCCCGGGGACUCAUGGGUGGGCGACAUGAAACGUUCGACCUUGCGAGGCGCGGGGGGUAAAGACCGAUUGUUUUUGUUCUAAUUAUCUUAUAUACCUUGUCGAACCGUAAUCAGAAUCGAGAAACCCUUAGCAUAUAUGUAGCCGCAAUUCUUCCCUUGUCUUGUCUUGUUGAUCACUACCCACGAAACUAGAAAUCAAAUCAUACAUGAAACCAUGCGAUA